CCGCCCUCUCCUCCCUCCGCUGGAUCUCCCCGCCGAUCGGUCCCACAAUGCGUCCUGACUCCGGCUCCCCGUCUCCAGUAAUACGCCGUCUGCUGCAGGAGAUCAGCCAACUCCGGCGCGAUCCGCCACAUGGAUUUGUCUGUGCGCCGGUCAAUGACGGGCAAAAUCUCCUGGACUGGCACUUUACCCUGCGCGGCCCGGUCGACUCGCCAUACGCCGGGGGCCUGUAUCACGGGCGGAUCCUCCUCCCGCCCCAGUACCCGAUGGAGCCACCGAGCAUCAUCUUCCUGACACCCUCCGGCCGCUUCGAGGUCAACACCAAAAUUUGCCUGAGUGUCACCACGCACCACCGGGAGGAUUGGCAACCUGCCUGGGACAUUCGCACGGUGUGUUUGAGCAUGAUGAGCCAUAUGUUGUCCCCGAGUGAGGGGGCCAUCGGGGCACUUGAGGUGUCUGCCGAGGAGCGAAAGCUCUUGGCCAUCAAGUCGCAUGACUUUGUAUGCAAGGAGUGCGGUCGCAUUGGCGACCUGGACAUCCCCCAUGCCUUGCCCAGCGCUCCGGCCCCCGAUGCCGGCACCAGCACCGACCCCGACGUCGGCACCCCCACCACCGCUGCCGAAGCCCCGAUCGAGAUCUCGGCCAUGGCCGACAGUGCCAGCACGAGCAUCGUCAACUCGCCGACGGUCAUCCUCGACGAGAGCACGGAUCAACUGGAGUCCGGGUCACCGGCCACGGUGGCCGAGGCACCGUCGCUCCCGGCCGAGUCUCCGACAUCAUUGGCCAAGCAAGGUCGCGAGACCCCUUCGCUGUCGGGCGAGGCCAUGGAGCCGGGCAAUGCUGCCUCCCCGGUGGAGGGCGCCGCCCCGGCCGAGGCUGCCGCACAGAGGGCCUCGGCCGGAUCGGCCGCCUCCACGGUUCGAAGCAUCCCUACCGCGCCCGAUGUUGGGGGUGCCACCACGCGGCCAGCCCCCGGCCUCCAGGAUGACGCGCGGACAGAGGAGGGGCCUUCCUCGCCAGAAGGGUCUGCCCCGGAAGUCGACCGCUCGGCCGGGCCUGCUGAGCGUCUCGACGUCAAGAGCCUCGGCCAGAAGUCGGCCAGCCGGACAAGCUCCGUCUCUCAGCUUGAUCGGAUUCUCAUUGUCCUCACCGGGCUGUUUGUCCUGCUGAUUGCGCGCCGGCUGUUCCUCAGUUCCGAGCCGGACGCUGCCGUCGCGACUGCCCUGUAGAGCAUGGCUGUGAAGGAAAAAAAUGCAAGCAACCAAAAAGCACGCCAUCUCGGAGUGCCUCUCUCUCUCUCUCUCCCCCUC